AUGGGCAGCUUCACAUUUAAGUGGGAACACUCCGCCGAGGAGGUUUACGUCACCGGAACGUUCGACAACUGGACCAAGAGUGUCAAGCUCGACAACGUGGGAGGCAUUUUUCAGAAGACCGUUGAGCUCGAUGAAACCCAGGAAAAGAUCUACUACAAGUUUGUCGUCGACAACAAUUGGACUACAAACGAGUCGGCUCCUAUAGAACCUGACCACGACGGAAACCUGAACAACUUCUUGAUUCCUCAGCAAAUUGCCUCGGCCACCCACGACACGCCCGUCUUCAUCAGCUCCGCCGGUCCCAACUCGUCUGCUGCCAAGAUGGCCGGCGAGCAACCUAUCGAGUCCCAAGAUGAUAUCUCCACCCCGGCUGAGAUCCCCGGCGGCUUCCCCGAGACCCCGGCCGAGGAGACCGUUAGCGUCAACCCACUGCCUGCUUCCGCCGGCGCUAUCAACCCCAUCAGCCUGGAGCCGGGAGAGAAGAUCCCCGACUCCUUUUCGGCGCAGGAUAUCAACAAGAAUGUUAAGCUAGACAAGGAAUCAUACGAGAGGAGUGACGCCCUACCUGUCGCCGACUCUGAAACACCCGUCAUCCCCAGGGAUGUCCUUCCUGACGUCGGCACACCCCUGGAUGAGAGCAUCGUCAAGUCUGUCGGUCCUGGCGCUACGAGUGCCACCCUCGCUGGGCAGGUGGCCAAUGAGCCUAAGCAAUCCGACGCUGCCGUGGCUAGUAACUUCAUAAACUCUGUUGGCCCCGAGUCUACCACGGCUUCCCUGGCCAGCCAGGUCCCAGAGGAGCCUGAGAAGUCUGUCUCGGGAGACCACUCCGCGGCCAAGUUGGCUGCCAUCAGCACUGUCGGUGCUGGUGCCACCACGGCUUCUCUCGCAGGCCAGGUCCCCAAAGAGUCCAAAGGUGAUGACGUCCCCGGGGUGGUCAAGGACAGCCAGACCAACACUGUCCAGGAUUCUCAGGACCAGGUAGACGCCGCAACCCCCGAGGCCGGCAAUAUCCCUGGAACGGUCGAUGAGAAGGCCCAGGUGGAGGGUGAGAUCGAAGACGAGGUGCCCGAGGCUACUGUCAGCUCGGAGGAAACCGCUGCUCAAAACACUGGGGACACUGCCGAGAAGGCUGGGGACAGCGCUGAAACAACAGAUGGCUCUCCCGCUCCUAUUGUCGGCCUUGCUGCCGCGACUGGUGCCGUCGCCGGCUCUGCCGGCAUUGCUACGGCUGCCCUCACAGGCGAGGGCUCCAAGGACUCCGAGGAGACCGACGAGUCCAAAGUUGGUGAAGUGCCGGAGACUGUCAAGGAGAGUCAGGACAAGGCCAUUGUCUCUUCCCCCGAGGCUAGUGCUGUCCCCGAGAAGGUUGAGGAGAAGGUUCAGGUUCCCGAAGCCGCUGUCACCCCUGAGGGCGUCAGCGGCCAGAAGCCUGGAGGAGGUAUCAGCGACAGCCUUCUUGCUGCAGGCGGUGCUGCUGCCGCCGGUGUGGCCGGUGCGGCUACGCUCGCCAUUGCUGGAAAGGACGCUGCCAUCGAGAAGGGCGCCCCUCUGGUCAACCAGGCCGGCGCUGCUGCCGCCUCCGCCGCUGACAACAACCUCUCCGACUCUAUGAAGCAGAAGCUUCCCGACAACAUCCCCGACGAGGUCACGCGCUCUAUCUCUGAGGCAAAAAAGAGCCCUGAGGCUGCUGCUUCCGCCUCUGCCGUCGAGGACAAGAAGGCCGUCGAGAGUGAACUGCUCAGCGAGGUCGAGCGUACCCCAGCCGAGGGUGAAUCCAAGGUGGCUCAGCUGGAAACCAGCGCCGACGAGACGGUUAACCCCGGCUCGCAGCAGUCUGACAACAAGGUUGACGAGUCCAAAUCCUCCACGUCGGAACUUGGUGCCGGCACCGCCGCCGCCGGUGAUGCUGCUACUGUCGGCGCUGGUGCUGCUGGUAUCGAUUCUGCUUACGCUGGACGCUCUGGUACUACCGAGUCUGCUACAGAAUCUACCAACCCUACGGCAGGCACGACGUCUGCUACCAAGUCCACCAGCGCUCUAGGCACCACGUCUACUGCUACCGAGCCUGCUGAGUCUGCGGGUACGACAUCCACCACCAAGCCUACUGAGCCCGUGGGUACGACCAUUGAGUCCGCCACCAACGGCUCCAGCAGCAAGCCUGCUGAGACGACCAACGGCACCACAUCCAACGGUGACAGCAGCAAGCCUGCCAAGACCACGGCGGGCGAGGGUAAGAAGAGAGGUCGCUUCAGCACUAUCCUCAGCAAGAUUAAGCACAAGAUUCUGGAUUGA